ACAAAUGCGUGGAAUGUGGAUUUUGUUAGAAGUUUUUGGCUUGUAGUUAUGAUUAUUUGAUGUGUUCUUCUUUUUGAAUUGAGAAUGCUGGAAAGGAUCUAUUUUUAUGUUAAUUAGAGGUUUUCUUCAUUCUUUUGAUAAGGACUAUAGAGAAAAUGGGACCUCCAAAGAGAUUCAGGAAAGAAGCAGAUAAGCGUGUUGCAAAAAAGAGUAAGGAAGAUUAUGAUGAUUACGAUGAAAAUACGCCUGAUGGAGGAGAACCAGAAGCUAUUCCGGCUGCAGCAAAAUAUGAUAUUGAAAAACAGGAACCUGCACCUGAAGAUGAAUUUGGGGCAAAAGAUUACCGAAGUCAAAUGUCACUCAAACCUGAUCAUUCAUCUAGAGCCUUGUGGGUCGCACCGAAUGGACACAUUUUUCUGGAAUCAUUUUCUCCAGUUUACAAACAGGCUCAGGAUUUUUUAGUCGCAAUUGCAGAACCUGUAGCCCGUCCUAAAUACAUUCAUGAGUAUAAAUUAACAGCUUAUUCGCUCUACGCAGCUGUUAGUGUCGGUCUUCAAACUCACGAUAUAACUGAUUACUUAGAAAAAUUAAGCAAAACGAGUAUUCCUGAUGGAAUCGUCGAGUUUAUAAGGAUUUGUACCCUCUCAUAUGGAAAGGUGAAAUUAGUUUUGAAGCACAACAAAUAUUUUGUCGAGUCUGCAUUUCCGGAAGUUUUACAAAAGUUAUUGAAGGACCCGGUUAUUCAGGAUUGCAGACUUAUUAGAAAUGUAGAUGAAGUCGAUAAGGACGGUUUUAUCACGGAUGUACACGACAAAACGAAUGCUUUACCGUUUGCUUCAAAGCCAGUGACAAGUGAUCAACCUGGCAGUAGUGUGACAAAAGUUCCGGAUGAAAUUUCUACUGUUUAUGACAAAAUUGAUAAGGAGGAUGAAGACGAGGAGGCAGAACAGCAGCUGAAGACUAUCAGCUUUGAAGUUAAUCAAGAAAAAAUUGAAAUAAUACAAAAGAGAUGUAUUGAAUUGGACCAUCCACUGCUUGCUGAAUAUGAUUUCAGGAAUGACACCGUUAACCCAAACAUAAAUAUUGAUUUGAAGCCAUCGGCAGUUUUGAGACCCUAUCAGGAAAAGAGUUUGCGAAAAAUGUUUGGAAAUGGACGAGCGAGAUCUGGAGUAAUCGUUUUGCCUUGUGGUGCUGGUAAAAGUUUAGUUGGAGUGACUGCCUGUUGCACAGUCCGGAAACGUGCUCUCGUUCUCUGCAAUUCGGGUGUUUCGGUCGAGCAAUGGAAAACACAAUUUAAAAUGUGGUCCACAGCAGAUGACUCGAUGAUUUGUCGAUUCACGAGCGAAGCGAAAGACAAACCCAUGGGCUGUGGAAUUUUGGUCACUACUUAUUCUAUGAUUACGCACACUCAAAAACGAUCCUGGGAGGCUGAUCAGACGAUGAAGUGGCUUCAGGAACAGGAAUGGGGAAUUAUGGUUUUGGAUGAGGUGCAUUCCAUACCAGCGAAGAUGUUCAGACGAGUCUUGACGCUUGUUCAGUCGCAUUGCAAAUUGGGACUGACAGCUACUUUACUGCGAGAGGACGACAAAAUCGCAGAUUUAAACUUUUUGAUUGGUCCGAAACUCUACGAAGCUAAUUGGUUAGAAUUGCAGAGAAGAGGAUUUAUCGCCAGAGUGCAGUGUGCGGAAGUUUGGUGUCCAAUGACUGCCGAAUUUUACAGGGAAUAUCUCAACUGCAAGAUGAGCAGAAAGCUGCUCUUGUACGUGAUGAAUCCGAAUAAAUUUCGAGCCUGUCAAUACCUCAUCCGCUAUCAUGAGAGAAGAGGAGAUAAAACGAUCGUCUUCUCAGAUAAUGUUUUCGCUCUGAAGCAUUAUGCUAUCAAGAUGAACAAGCCCUACAUUUAUGGCCCUACUAGUCAGAGCGAAAGGAUACAAAUUCUGCAAAACUUUAAGUACAACUUGAAAGUCAACACAAUAUUCGUGAGUAAAGUCGCAGAUACCUCGUUCGAUUUACCAGAGGCGAACGUUUUGAUCCAAAUAUCAUCACAUGGUGGAUCCAGGAGGCAAGAAGCUCAGAGAUUGGGCAGAAUUUUGCGAGCAAAGAAAGGUGCGAUUGCUGAGGAAUAUAACGCGUUUUUCUACACACUCGUUUCCCAAGAUACUUACGAAAUGGAGUAUUCCAGAAGACGACAACAGUUUUUGGUAAACCAAGGCUAUGCUUACAAGGUUAUCACAAAACUUUCUGGCAUCGAAGAAGAGCCAGAUAUGUUUUACAAAUCUAAAGAGGAUCAGAUAAAUUUGCUGCAGCAAGUUUUGGCUGCCAGCGAUAUGGAUGCAGAUGAAGAAAGAUUGCCUGGAGAAGGAGGUCGUUCUAUUAUUCGCAAAGGUGGGAACAUGGCCUCUUCCUCAGGAGCAGACGAUGCUGUUUAUUACGAGUAUAAAAAGUCUGGUACCUCCGCUGCUAACAAACAUCCAUUGUUUAAAAAAUUCAGAACCUAAAAAAUAUAGAGAUAGAUUUUAGAUGAAUCGGAUGCAUCGCUUGAUUCUAAAAACUAAUUUUAUAAAUGGCUGGAAGUAAUUUGGUGAAUAUAAUAGUAAUAAUUAUUUUCUUUUUUAUGAAUGUUCAUAAUUAAUGGAUAAUUCAUUCUUCUAAAAUACCAAGUUUCAAUUAAUUAGAUUUUAAGGAUAUUACAUUGAUUAAUUACAUGGAAAAUGGUAAAUCCAUGGUAAAAUAAAACAUAGACUGAAGGGUUUUUUUUUACAAAUGUGUUAAGUGCAGCACAAAGUAAUAAAUAUUUUUACUCGGAACAA